CCCGGGCCCUAGCGCCGCCGCAGCCGGAGCCCGGAGCCCCGCGCCCGCCCGCCCCCGCCUCUCCGAUGGGCAACCUGCUCGGCGGGGUCGGCGUGCGCGAGCCCACCACCGUGGAGGACUGCGACUCCACCUGGCAGACGGACUCGGAGCCCGAGCCCGAGGAACCGGGUCCGGGCGGCGGCGAGGGCCCGGGGCGGGAGCCCGCGCAGCCCCCGGAGACCCCGGAGCGAGCCGGCGGCCGGCCCCGCGCCAGCCCCGCGCCCGAUCGGGACGCCGAGGCGGCGGGCGCCGAGCAGGGGGCUGAUUCCACUGAAGUAUCUGCCAAACCAAAGAGAAGUUUUUAUGCUGCGAGGGAUUUGUACAAAUACCGACACCAGUACCCACAGAACUUCAAAGAUAUCCGAUAUCAAAAUGACUUGAGCAAUCUUCGUUUUUAUAAGAAUAAAAUUCCAUUUAAGCCUGAUGGUGUUUACAUUGAAGAAGUUCUCAGUAAGUGGAAAGGAGAUUACGAGAAGCUGGAAUACAGCCACACCUACAUCCAAUGGCUUUUCCCCCUGAGAGAACAAGGCUUGAACUUUUAUGCUAAAGAACUAACUACGUAUGAAAUUGAGGAAUUCAAGAAAACAAAAGAGGCAAUUAGAAGAUUCCUCUUGGCUUAUAAAAUGAUGUUGGAAUUUUUUGGAAUAAAACUGAUAGAUAAAACUGGAAAUGUUGCUCGGGCUGUAAACUGGCAGGAAAGGUUUCAGCACCUGAACGAGUCUCAGCACAACUAUUUAAGGAUCACCCGUAUUCUGAAAAGCCUCGGCGAGCUUGGAUAUGAAAGUUUUAAAUCUCCUCUUGUAAAACUUAUUCUUCAUGAGGCUCUUGUGGAAAAUACCAUCCCCAAUAUUAAACAGAGCGCACUGGAGUAUUUCGUGUACACAAUUAGAGACCGAAGGGAAAGAAGAAGACUUCUGCGGUUCGCCCAGAAACAUUACACGCCCUCGGAGAACUUUAUCUGGGGACCACCCAGGAGGGAACAGCCCGAGGGCAGCAAAGCCCCGAAGACCCCCGCCCCGCCCACCUCGGGGCACCACAGCCAGACGUCUCUGCACAAAAAACCCAAGGACUCCAAAAAUCCCUCUGCAGCUGCGCGUGUAAGUAGCAAAGCUGCCGAAGACAAAAAAGUGGCCCCUAGGGAGCCGGGGGAGGAGACAGACUGGCCUAGCUCAGAGGCCGGCAGUGAGGCUGCCAGGCCAGGAGACCCAGAGAGAGAGGGUGAUGCUGACAAUUCCAGUCCUCAACCAGAAGAGACAAUUGCUCACGCGCUGGAGAAAAAGGAGAGUGUGUCUCCCUCUGAAAAAGAUGAAGAGCGUGAAAGCCAUAACAAGGACUGUGAAAGUCCCGGAGAAACAGGUUCCCACGAUGACGCACUAUUACAGUGAAUUAUCAGGAAGCCCACAAACCCGUGUGGGUGAGGAACAGAGGCCACGUUUCGGAGGGUAGCCGGCUGUUGGUGAUCUCUGUUGUAAGCACUUAGUUGUCACUUGGUUUUGCUUUUGGAUGACAAUGAAUUUAAUAUUUAACCGGAAGUCUGAAGACAGGACCCAAUUAAUGAAUGUAUUCUGUAACACUUUGGGGAUGUGAGUUUUCGAAUCCUGUACACAACAAUUACUUUUAAAUUAUUUUCAAUGUAUCUGGAAAUAAUCAUGUAGUCUUUGAUAUAGCAGAUACGUUCUUUGGAGAGACUCCACUCUACAUGAAGAAGAUCAAGAGGAUCAUUUCAUGAGGUUGCCACCCCUUUGCCUGAUUUAUGGAUUCCUUUUUUUUUAAGCUGCAAGAAAGAAUUUGGUCUUCUCAGAUGUAUUCGGAAGAAAUUGGGCGUUUUCUCAUUACAGCACCUCAGCAUGCUUAUUUUUAGUUUCUGGUAAGUGGGAUGGAUGUUCCUGGGGAGAUAUACCUGCCCCUCCCCGUUUGCCGGUCCUGCUGUUUUUCCUCUUCCCCUCUCCAUUCUCUCCCUCAUUGGCCACCUGUGUCGGCUGGCACGUGCAUUUCUAGUGUACAUUCGGAUGAUCUACUACAGUGACAUUUACGUGGCAUAGAGGGGACUGUCGGCUGUAUUAUUUCAAGAAUUUGCUUUGUUUAAAAUAAUAAAAAUGGUUUUCUGUGUUAA